CAAGAAACUUUUGCGACAAGCAACUUUUUUCGUGAACAGCAAGUAAACAAUCAUGGCACGCAAGACAAAGACGUUGGCUGAACAGCUCGCUGAGCUCGACAGUCCAGCUCCUAUGGACUUUGACCCGGAAGAGGAAGCGCCACAGGACGACAGCGACGAUGACAUCUCAGACAACGACAAUGCCGCAGCCGCAAGAGAACACUAUGUCGAUGUAGGCAAGAGCAAGCUGCGCAAGCGCGAUGUUGUUCCUCUCGGACCCCGAUACGAAGGAUCUCAAAUCAGCAGGGACGCUGCGACUGGAGAAGACGAAGAUGAGGAUGAUCCGUUCAGCAAGGGCUUCGACGAGGAAGAGAGUGAGGACGAUGUUGACGGUGCCGAGGAUAUCUCCGCCUCUGAGGGUGAGGAGGAAGAUGUCAGCAACGAGGACGAGGACAUGGAAGAUGACGAUGAGAGCCCUGCUACCGACAUGAGCGACGAGGACGAUUCUGAGGACGACGAGGAAGACGAAAACGCCGAAGACAAGACCGAGCUCCGCAAAAUGAUGGCCGAAGAACAAAAGACGGUGGCCGCCUCCCUCUCGCAAGCAGCAAAGCAAGACGCAGAAAAAGGUCGCGCUGUAAAGUCUCAACGUACAACCUUCGACUCCCUCCUCAACACCCGCAUCAAGCUUCAAAAGGCUCUGAUUGGCACAAACACUUUGACCGGUGUCAUUGCUUCCUCCACGCCGACAGAAGAUACCCAAGAUGCCUUCCUCGCCGCCGAAACUGCAGCAUUCACUCUCUGGUCCACCCUCAACUCUCUUCGGGAAACUCUCGAGUCCUCCCGCACAGGCCAUAAACGCAAACACGCCGAAUACACCAUCGACACACCCACCGAAGACCUAUGGUCACACAUGCGCACCCAAGAACAUUCCGCCCAACCCUCUCGCGUCUCCAUUCUCGAAAAAUGGAACGCCAAAGCCAGAGGCGCUUCAGCAAUCACACCCAAGAACAAACUCAACAAUUCUUCCUCGAGCAACCAAAGUAUUGUAGAUGUCCUGCAGGAGCAAUUGCACGGCGAUCGCCUGAUAAAACGAGCACGCACACCUCGCUCUUGCGCACCCCUCCAACUCGCCUCCGCCGCCACCUCCGACUCCGAACCCAGCCACAUCUACGACGACGCGGAUUUCUACGGUCUCCUCCUCCAAUCACUCCUCGAACAGCGCUCCGCCGACUCCAUCGCCGCCUCCGCCUCCAGCACAAUUUCCAUAAACGCCGGCUUCCAAAUGCGCAGAGAAGCCAAAACGAAGAAGAAUGUAGACACAAAGGCGUCCAAAGGAAGGAAAAUGAGGUAUACCGUGCAGGAGAAGUUGCAGAAUUUCAUGGCGCCCGAGGAUAGAAAUGUUUGGGCGGAAAGGGCUGCGGAUGAGUUGUUUGGGAGUUUGUUCGGUGCUAGGUUGGGGUUGGGUGAGGAUGAGGAUGAGGAGAGGCAGGAAGAGGAUGCAGUGGACGAGGAGGCUGAGGCUGGAUUGAUGAUGUUUAGAAAUUGAAGAUGUUGAUCUUUUGAUCAUUGGGAUUUACGAGGUGCAAUAC